AUGGAUCCAAACCAGCAAAAUUUUUGGAUUAACUCUCAACAUUCUGAUAAUUCUCAGUAUAUCCCUGAAAAUGUUCAAACCUCACAAAAAACCUCAAGAACCGACCAUCCAUGGCACAAUAAAGAAGAUUUGGCUUUAAUGUCGGCAUGGGUUUUUGUUAGUGAAGACCCUACUCGUGGCAAAAACCAAAAGAAGGGAGCGCUAUUUUCACGAGUGAAAAAAUACUAUGAUGAAACUCGAGAAGAAAAUCCAGAAGGAAUGCGCGAAAGGAACGAAAAUCAAAUGAAAGGUCGUUGGACGCAACUUAACGAAAUUGCAAACAAAUGGGUUGCUGCUUACAAAGAAGCAUAUCGUCAAAAAAGAAGUGGAAUGAGUAUGGCAGAUGUUGAGAAAGGAGCUCAUGCAAUUUAUGAGGGGGGUGGGAAAAAGUUUUUAGACUUGCUUGUAUUCAACCAAGUUAUGUGUAAACAUCCCAAGUGGAAAAUAAAGUUAGACUGUGACACUACACGUUCUCGUACGGAAUAUGAAAUGGGUUGUGAAGAUAGUGGUGGAAGCACGAAAAGGUCUAAAACUACGGAAGAAGAAGACACCGACCAAGAAUCUCCGAUUGUUGGUCGUUCAACGAUUCAGCGUCCUACGAUUAGAGAUGCGGCAAAAAAGAGAGGAAAAGGUAAGACAUCACAAUCUUCUUCAUUUUCUAAUGAUUUUUCUACAGAACUUCAUGCAAUGACGAUUACAAGAAACAAUGAAGUUGAACUUUUGACAAAAAAACUGAACUUUGACAAAGAAAAAUUUGAUGUCCAUCAACACCACAAAAAUCUACGUAUACUGAUGGCGAAAGAACAUCUGUCACCGGCAGAGGAGGCKUUGAAAGAACGUYUUUUGGCAAUGUUGUAUGGAUAG